AUGGCUACCUCUCCUGUAUCUCGAACCCGCGCAGAACUUUGUGAAAUCCUGGCAAUACGCACAUUGCGGGAGUACGGCAACAAUCUGUUGGAGCUCGCCGUGGUCUUGACGACGAGUUGGAUGGUAUAUAGCGGUGCGGACGAGACUGUGAUGCAAAUGGCUCGCGAGGAGAGGGAAGAUCUGGAAGAAAGGGUUGGGAAUGCUAUUGAAAUGGCGAUUCUAGGAAGGUCGAAGAGGUUUAUAAAAAGUUCUUCUUGUCAGAAGGUCAUUGAUGGGAUUUGGUCAGGAAAGUGUGUGUAUCAAGCCGAAAGCAGUCACUCGAUCCUAUCAGAUGCAAGUAUCAUUCGCCAUCGAGAGUCUUCUACUAUCACUUCAUCUUCUAGUAGACCUACAAACGGAACCCAAUCCACUUCUAUGACCCUCACAAAGCCCCUUUAUUGGAUCAUUAUCGGUUGUCUCAAGGUACCUUUCAUUCGGUCGGUUCUGGAAUACACCAACUUCUUGAUUCUUUUCGUACUCUUUAUCCUCGCUACUGAAUGGAACACCCGAGACGAGUUGAAUGCUCCCGAGGUAAUCUUCAUGGUAUAUGCUCUUGGAUUCUGUCUCGAAAAGGUUGCUGCGAUGCAAGAACAUGGUGUACAAGUGUACUUUAAGGGUACUUGGAAUGGUUUCGAUCUCGCUUUUGGUAAACUCUUAAUCCCAUCUAGUAAAAUGUCCAGCUUGGUGAUCAAACUCGGUUUCAGUAACGACCUUUAUGCUUUAUGCUAUCCUCAGGCUUUAUGGAGUAUUUCACCAUAUAUAGGUCUCUGGGCGCGUUCUACCGGUAUAGACUGUCUUGCUCUCAUCGCUUGCUUGAUGUUUCCGAGACUGGCAUUUGUCACGCUUCGCAAUAAUCUAAUGGUCCUUUCAUUGAGAGCUAUGAUUACGCAAUUCGUUGUGCUCAUGCUGAUCGCUGCGUUCUGCUUUUGUGGUUUUCUUUAUGCUCUUUGGACGCUAAGCCGCAAUGAAGCACAACCAUCUUCAGAUACAGUGCUGGAUGCCAGUGGUUUCGAACGGUCGACUCAAUUUCAUCAAGUCUUCGGGCCAGUGCUUAUGGUCACAUACGCUAUGCUCAGUAAUACUCUGCUGCUGACUGUCCUCGUGUCUAUUCUUUCCAACACUUUUGCGACAAUAAACGAAGACGCCGCUGCGGAGGCCAUGUUCAGAAAAGCCGUGUCCACGAUUGAAGGCAUAAAGGCAGACUCCUUGUUCUCUUACCAGCCUCCGAUAAACUUGGUUGCACUGUGUUUCAUGCUUCCACUCAGUUAUAUCCUCACCCCUAGGUGGUUCCAUAAGGUCAACGUAUUCAUGAUCAGAAUCAUGAACCUUCCUGCGCUCCUGAUCAUUGCACUUGGUCACGGAGAGGGCAAUCUGAUGGUUGUUACAGCUAUUUUUGAAGGAUUGGCUGGAUCUGAUAGUGAUAUUGAUGCAAUCUUCGAAAUCGAGGAAGAACUAGAUACUAGUGCGUUGGAUACUAGGGAUGAUGUUGAACUUGGUCCGAGUGACAAACCACCUCUAUCACCAUCUGUAUCAACAUCAUCAAAACCGAACAGCCCCCCACCUUCUCCAAGCAAACGGCAGACAUCCAAUUCUUCCAAUCGUCGCACAUCCAAUUCCCUUCAACAACGAAGAACCUCGAACUCCUCCCAAAAUAGACCGUUUGCGAAUCAAACUCAUCUUACUCCUGGUGGUGGUCCUUCUUCAUCUUCACAAGAUCAAUUAGGAGGAAGUCAACCGCAUCCUAUACCUCCGCGAACUCGAAUAUAUCAGCCUUUGGUCGUUGAUGACGAUCUCCCUCUUGCGAGUGAUGAGUCCCUAGACCAGGUUCCCUCGGUACCACAGGGUGGUGCUCCACUGAUUAGCUACGGGCCGACAACACGAAGACGGCUGUCGUCUAUGCAGGGAGUUCAUCGGCGUAAUACAAGCGAUGUUGGGCUUCUUCGUCAAAGCAAUAAUAACUUGGGUACACCGAAUCGACAUCUUCAGCAUGUGCAACAACAGCAACCGCGGUCUCAGCAGAACUUCCCUUCGAUGCAGGAAGUCAUGAGUGGUGCAGAUGGCGUUAUCUCGGAGAGCCCACCUGGGCAGAGCCCGUCUAGUCGUGGGGGCUUGGAUAUACCUACAGCUGGACAGAUUCAGGAGGAGGAGGGGAGUGCAGGUGGUGCUUCGCAGUGGUCGGAGAGGUUGGCGAAGUUGGAGGAAAGACAGGAAAGGAUUGAAAAUUUGUUGGAGGGCAUUGCGAAGGAUUUGAGGGACAGGGGAAAAGUGUAG